AUGUAUUCUCAAGGGUUUCCUUCCCUUUAUUUAUCCCAUGUUCAAUCAUCAUCAGGAGUUAAUAGUUACUAUUUAAUUGUCACCUGGUUUAUGGGAUACUGAGAAAGCUUCUCAACGCUGACUCUAUCUUUGGUAAAAUUCAUAUAGACUCCUUCGACCAAUUGGAUUUUUAUCGGAAUUUCAGCUAGCUAUGACACCCAAUCGUCCAUAUUUUAUGUGAACAACAAUGGGGCCUCCUCUUCUACUACAGGAACUUUUAACACAGCGUACAGCUUGCCAUUCAAUUCUAUUAUAAGAAUUGGCUAUUCAAUGAGCUUUACAGGCAGGGUUGGGGAUUUUAAAAUCUAUAACAAUAUAUAUAAUCAGGUUUCUGACUGAAGCUCAUUGUAUUCUUCAGCAUGCACAGGGGUGAGCUGCUCAGCUUUGUCUCCAAACUUAUGCUAUGCAGAAUGCGACCAAUGGUGCGCUUCUCAAACUAAUUGGUUUUUAUCGAUAAUCCAGCCAACCUUGUAUAGCUAUAGACCAUAUGCAGUAGUUUAUGAUGAUACUUAUUACUCACAGUAUUAUGAUCUCUUUAUGUCAACAACUGCACCAUCAUCAGGAUGGGCCGAUUACUCUAUUACUGGCUGGGCCGAGUUUUCGGGUUGUAAAACUUCAGCAUCAACCUUUUUUCAAAUAUACUCAUAUAGCUUAGGAUUAGCUGCAUUGAGUAUAGACUUGACAAAAAGUGUCCCUGCAAACUCUUGUGACCAAAUAACAGCUACACUUUAUAACACUGACAGUGUAAGCAAUUUUGUUUAUACAUCUGUGUCAACAACAAGCACAAGCUAUAUUGGAAGUUGGCUCUUUUUUGCUGUGACUGUUAAUACUGCUACAGGAACUUUGACCUUGUAUACUCAUCAAGGUGCGACUGUAUCAUCUGCUUUAGCUUCUGCAUCUGUUCAUUACUCGUAUACAGCAGUCACAAUACAACCUGGUUAUGUUGGCUUUAUUGUUGGAGGAACAAACUCCAAGGUAAUUUAUCCAGGAAAUUAUGCAGAUAUAAGGAUAUAUCCUGGAAAUUCUAUUGAUACAUCUUUGGGAAUAUAUACAAACAAUAACCUAUAUAGCUCUGCUGACUAUUUAGAUCCUUAUUGCACUUCAUGGUCGUCAGUAUGGUAUUGUGGGACCUGCCAAACUGGAUAUUUUGUAGAGAACGGGAUAUGUAAAAGUAAUUUCUAAUUAGAAUGCCAUUAUUCAUGUGCAUCGUGUUCCUCUGGAGACACAGAAGCAGACUGCACAGCCUGUGCAAGCGGUUAUUACUCCCAGCCAGGCCAUCCAACACUAUGCUUUGAUUAUUGCCCUUAUGGCUAUACGUGGGAUUCUACCUUAAAACAAUGUACAGGUACCCAAGGAAUUAUCGCAAAUUUUGAUUUUGAAGACAAUGUAUCAGGCGAUUUUACGGUGUCAAAUAUAUACAUGAAGUUUGGCUUGUACGCUAAUGAGUAUUAUCCAACUUUUGAUUACUGCGAUCCUCAGCCAGCCAAUAAGAGAGGGAUUCAUUUAGAAAAAGGAAGCCUAGAAUUUAUGCCACAGGCUUCUGCAAAUGCUGGAAGACUGCUUGGAACUGACUAUACAGUUGAGUUAUGGUGCAUGCUAUCAGCUUCAGGGAUUUUUUAUACAACCGAAUAUACUAUAUCAUAUGAAAGCUAUGAAAAAUUUAUAUAGCUCAGGCAUGCUAAAAGCAUGCCUCAAAGCUGGUUUGGGGAAAACCAAGCUCAUUAGCUUUUCUGCCGGAUUCUGAAGUGCAAACUCGAUUUUGGCAAAUAGAGCUAAAUGGUUUAGUUUAUCCAAAUUAAGCAGGCUCGUCAAAAUCCAACAGAAAAGCUAAAAAUCUAUUUUUUCUUAAACCAGCUCCAAUGUCGUACCCAAACUAUAUAUUAUACAAACUCCUUUCCUAUUGUUACAACAGGAUUUCAGAUAGAUCAAUACAAAAGAUUAGUAUUUAGCAUAGGAAAUCGUGAGAGUACAACAGUAAUUUACUCACCACCUUCUACCAGUUCUCUUAAGCCUCAAGAAUGGGCUUUAUAUUCAGCGUCCCUCACAUUUGACAGCACGUCAAGGACUACCCAGGUUUUAUUAGUAAGAAACACCUUUUACUAUACUGAAACAGUUUCUGGGUACUCUAGAGAAGUUUCUGGAAUAAUGCACUAUGUAGGAACCGGAGCGGCUGCAAUGAACGGAUUCAUUUAUAACUUCGCGCUAUAUAACUAUGGAAAAACCUAUUCCCAGAUUACGUCAGAUUUAGGCACUUGCACUGACUGCUCGGCAUGUCCGGUAUCUUUAAAUUAUUGUAUGCCUACUUGUAAUGCUACUCAAUAUGUUGAUAGCAGUGGAAAUUGCCAAUCGUGCCCUUCUGAAUGCUCUUGGACCUGCUCCAGAGCUGGAACCUGCAAUCUCUGUUAUGACGAUUUAUGCUAUAAAUGCACAAAAUAUGAAGUUGGGACUUGCACUCAAUGUGUCUUAAUAAUAAAUGAAUAUGUUGGAAUAAGUCCUUAAAUUUUUUUAUUAUGGGCUCAGUCUUCAUAUUGAUUCUUUAUACAGUUAUCGCAGAAAGCCCUAGCGCAUAGACUGAAUGGUUACCCUUGGAUUAUAAGAGGAAUAGGAUUGCGACUUGGGAGGAAGAGACCAUAGGUGGAAAAUAUAAGGAGGCGAGUAAAUAGAACGAGAAAAUGCAGCAUGCAGAUUUGGUAGAACCAUUGCUUAAGAGUCCAGGAAAAGUGCUGAAUAAGAAUAAGCAGCGUCAAAAGUUGUUAUUUAAAAGAGUAGGUUUAAUUAGACUGCCGCUGCAGGACCAAAUUGCAUUUUUAAUAUUAAUUAAGUAAGUUACCAAUGUGUCGACCAUGCAAUCCUUACAAGCGGAAUAUGCAAAUGCCAGAGCGGCUAUGUAAAGCAAGCCUCCAUUUGUACUGAUGAAUGUGGCGAUGGUUAUUAUCUAGAUUUAACAGCUCAAGAAUGUCUGUCAUGCCCUGAUCAUUGUACAAGAUGCAGUGAUGGAAAAACCUGCACUGUAUGUAACUCUGAUUUUGUCUUACUCCCUCUUUAAUUGGAGCAAAAAAUACUUUUUCAAUUUAAAGGGGCCUUUUUUCUUUAAAAAUAUUUAUUAAAAUUUUUCUUAUAAGAAAAUAAAAUUGAAUGGAAUAUAUUGAAUUUAAUUUAUUUUUAUGAAGAGUUAAUUAAAUAAAAAGUUUAUUUAUUCAGUUCGAAAACUGUUUAAAUAAAUUCUACUUGCAUUUUUCCAUUAAAUUAAGUCAAAAAUAAUUUUAUAAAAUUAAUAUUUUGCCCUAUUGAAAAAACACUUUUGUUACAAUUUCAAGUGUCAAAGCAUCAAAAAUCGAAAUUUUACCUAUAUUUUAUUCCAAUUUAUAGUGGGGAGAUAGAAAAUGAUUUAUGCCAUUGUGAAACUGGCUAUUUCCUUGAUUCUUCAGACAGCUGUUCAAUAUGUGACACUUCCUGCUUAACCUGCUCUGUCAUUUCUUCAAACUGCACAUCCUGUAUCACAUCUUCCCCUAUUCUUUAUGACAAAACCCAAUGCUACCCAUGUGACUCAUUCGAAGGCUAUGCUAGCACAUAUAUCAUCCCUACCUCUGAGCUAACAACUGACCUUAUCUCCCAAUUAUCUUCCAAAUGUACCGAACUCUGUGGAGACGGCAGAAAUAUGGGCCAAUUAAAAUGUGAUGAUGGGAAUAACAAAAAUGGAGAUGGCUGCUCUUCUAACUGCACAGUCGAAGUUGGAUGGUCUUGCUCUGGCGGAAGCUUGAGCUCUGCCGAUAUUUGUAAAGACACCACCCCACCAUCGCCUAUUCUUGCAUACUUAAGCGAAAGCAGCUCAGGAUAUCUGCUUGCUUUAUCAUUUAGUGAGCCAGUCAGUUUGACUGCUGAUAUGUCUCAGAACAUUAAUAUCAAAAUUGAUGGGAUUUUGAAAUUCAGCUGGUCUAUAAAGCUGACUGAUUCUAUAUAUAUUAUUACUUUGAAAAUGUACGAAAGUGUAGCAACUGGGACUGGGGUGACUGUGACCUUUAUAGACCCAACUACUGUAGUUGAUAUGAGUGGAAAUGUCAUGGAAAAAAGCUCAGUCAAAGUAUAUUUGCCGACUUCUUAUACAUAUCAGCUUGGAGAAGCUAUAACGACUACUGUAAAUACAGCGACUACUGUAGCAACUACUGGGGCUGUAGCAGGGUCAGCAAGCUCUGGGUUUUCAGUUGGGAUGUUUAACUUACAAGCAUUGUGGGGAAUGGUAGAAAUGAUGCAGUUUCAAAACUAUUUGAUAUUUUUGUCACCUAAAUACCCUGAUAAUUUGAAAUCAUACUUAAGUGCCCUCAGCAUCGCAAAUGGGAAUUUUUUGCCAAACCCUUUUCAGCAGUAUUUAGUGAAAAGUGACCCUUUUGCAGAUCCCCCUGAAAGAUUUUUAGAAGAAAACUUUAAUACUGAUUUCUUAAUGAACGCUGGACAAUUUGUAUUAGUUUGGGGAGUCAUUAUGGCUGGCCUUCCUAUAGUUUUAAUGCUCUUCAGACGUUGGCCUAAGUUUUCUUUUUUAAGGUGGCUGAAAAACUCAUACCUUUUUUCAAUUCUCCUCAGGACUGGUAUUGAGUCAUUUUUAGAGAUUACUUUAUCUGUAUUUCUCCAAUGGCGAGAAAUUGCAGAGCCUUCUCGAGAUGUAGGAUACUUGUCCUUGUCUUUAAGUUUUUUGACUGUUGUAUAUCUUGCACUUACUUUUGUUUUGAUAUUUUGGCAAGUUACAUUAAAAUCUGAAGCAGAACUUGUUAAAGAGAGCCAUGAGCGACGUUUUGGGACUUUAUAUGAAGGGUUUAAAAGGCAUUCCAAGCUGACUGUUUCUUUUCUGGUGUUCCAAAACGUCCGUAGAGUGCUUUUUGUGAUUCUCUGUGUGUUUUUCUUUGAAUAUACCACAGUCCAGGUAGCCCUUUCUACCCUUUUAUCAUUUUUAUAUACAGUUGCAUUGGUUUUAUUAAGGCCUUUUGAAAAGUUUAUAUUGGGGAAUGCUCUGCAUAUAACAAGUGAGACCUUUUAUUUUGCAGCACAUUGCAUUAUUUUGAAGUUUUUAGAUGAGCAGCUAGGAGAUGAUGACCGCACGAACCUUGGGUGGGGAGUUAUAUGCUUAUUUUAUAGAAUUUUUAGACAAGGAUUUCAUAUUUUAUUAUAGUAUUUAUUCUUUUUAUAUGGUAUAACUUUAUUAAGCCUGUCUUUAUUACUCCAUUUAGUUGCUAUGCUUGUUGUGCAAAUCAUGGGAUUUAUUCAAGGCAUUAAAAAGCUAAAAGCAUGGUUUAUGAAAAAUUUCGCAAAUAAAUUCGCAAGAUUUUAUGGUAGAAAAAGCACUUUAGAUACAAUAAUAUUGGACAAAAAAGUGUCACCGAAAGGGAAAAGGAAAUAUGAGAGAGAAGAUACUAAUGAGAAUUUGGCUUAUUUUGAAGGAAAAAAUAAGACACUAGCUGGUGAUGAAGAAAGCUUUAGUUUCAGAAAAACGAAAAUUAGGCCGGAUGAUGAUCCUUCGAUAAGUGAAACUCAAGGAGAUGAAUCUUUUAAGAAAAGUGAUGCAACAAUGGAGGGUUCAGAUAUAUUUGAAGAAUCCUUUUAUUCUCUUAAAUCCCCCUCUUGUUAGUGAGCAAAAAGAUCUUGCUUGUUAAGGAAAGGGUAAUUUUUUUUAAUUCUAUAUAAAAAAUGCAAAUUCUAUUUAUUUAUAGAUUUUAUAUUUAUAAUGCAGACUGUCUAAAAUUUAAUAUAAUUACUUGAAACUACUAUUAUAACUAUUAACUAUAUAUGUAGUUUAAAUCUAAAAAAGCAUAUUAAAAAAUUUUUGCUUGCUGUUGCAGGGGAUUGAUUCUCCAAAAAAUAGGCAUUUUUCUAAUGGUUUCGCUCGCUAACCAAAAGGAUGAAUAAGAAAAAGAGAAAAAAGGUUAUAGCUUAA